GACACCAGGCAGUUUGUUCUGCCCCUCUCAGCCUCUGUGCUCUCACUCGUCCACAAGCCUGCGUCCGACUCACGCAGCCCAGGCUCACCCAGCUCGCCCAAACGCCUCGUCACGGCCAGAUAGCUGCGCUCAGAGCCUACUGACCGACUGAGGAGCUCUCGAGACAGACAGUCUGCGAGUCUCGCGCCUCCUCGGAUACAAAAGUCAGCGCGAGCUCCACAUCCGCCUCUUUGUUGUCCCCGUGCCGUGCCUUGGCGAGCCGCGUCGCGCGCUGCAGGGCGUGAUUCUCCGCGCGCCGCGGGGAUAAUGUGAAGGGCGCUGUUUUGAGGAGACGCUUUCUGUUUGUUCUCUGGUCGGAGAGGAUGGCGAGUUUUCUGCAGCGCGCGCUGCUCCUGGCUGCUCUGUCUGGAUUUCUGUUCUUCUGCGCGCCAUCAGGAGCUCACGCGCAGGACGAGGAGGAUCAGAGGUCCUGCCAGGGCGCCUUCGACCUGUACUUCGUCCUCGACAAGUCUGGAAGCGUGAAGCACCACUGGCAUGAGAUCUACUCCUUUGUUGAGAGUUUGGCAGAGAAAUUUAUCAGCCCGCUGUUACGGAUGUCCUUCAUCGUGUUCUCGUCUCGGGGGAACACAAUAAUGAAGCUGACUGAAGAUAGGGAACGCAUUACAAAAGGCCUGAAUAUGCUAAGAAGUGAGAUUCCAGGAGGAGACACAUUUAUGCACCUUGGCCUGAAAGAGGCAAAUCAACAAAUUCAUCAGGAAAAUUUUGGCAAAGCAAGUGUCAUCAUUGCACUGACAGAUGGAGAACUCAAUGAGCACCAGCUGGAUGCAGCACAACAAGAGGCUGCCAGAGCCAGAACGUUAGGGGCCAUUGUGUAUUGCGUUGGAGUCAAAGAUUUCAACGAGACACAGCUGGCUACCAUUGCUGACACCAUAGAGCACGUGUUUCCUGUGACGGGAGGAUUCCAAGCCCUUAGAGGAGUGAUUGACUCGAUCAUUAAGAAGUCCUGCAUCGAGAUCCUGGCAGCCGAACCGUCCAGUGUGUGCGCAGGAGAGUCCUUCCAAGUGGUGGUCAGAGGAAACGGUUUCUUGCACGCCAGGAAAAUAGAUCAGGUGAUGUGCAGCUUCAAGAUCAACGAUACCGUCACAUUAAAUGUGAAGCCGGAUGGUAUAGAGGACACGUACCUGCUGUGUCCAGCCCCAGUCAUUGAUGAGGUUGGAAAGGUGGUUUACCUGCAAGUGAGCAUGAAUGAAGGUCUGUCGUUCAUCACCAGCUCGGUACACAUCACCACAACUGAAUGUUUUGACGGUACCAUCCUCCUGAUUACCCUGCUGGUGCUGUUCUUGUUGUUGGCCCUGUUGUUCCUGUGGUGGUUCUGGCCGCUGUGCUGCACAGUAGUCAUCAAAGAGCCACCUCCUCCUCCGCCGCCACAGCCAGAGUCAGAUGACGAGGACGGUCUGCCGAAGAAGAAGUGGCCAACUGUGGACGCGUCGUACUACGGAGGACGAGGAGUCGGAGGGAUAAAACGAAUGGAGGUCCGCUGGGGCGGGAAAGGUUCCACCGAAGAAGGUGCCAAGCUGGAGAAGCCCAAAAAUGCAGUGGUGAAAAUGCCGGAGCAGGAGUACGAACCCUUCGAACCCAAACCCAAAAAACAAGGAAACAAGAAGGCCACUCAGGACAGGAAGUGGUACUCCCCAAUUAGGGGUAAACUGGAUGCGAUCUGGGCUCUGUUUCGCCGUGGUUAUGACCAAGUUUCGCUUAUGAGGCCACAACCAGGAGAUCAUGGUCGAUGCAUCAACUUCACGCGGGUGAAAGAGGAGGCAGCGAAAGCACAGCCAAUUGCCCAGGGCCCACCUCCACCCCCGCCAGACUACCGCCCAGCCCCCAACCCCGUGAGCCCACCUCCGCAGUGCCCGCCACCCAGAGGACCGCCCCAGGCCCAGCCGGCCCCGGGACCGCCCCCGGCCCAGCCGGCCCCGGGACCGCCCCCGGCCAGAGUGCCACCCGGCCCCCCCUGCCCCCCUCCAGCCCGGCCCCCUCCCAGACCCUGAGACCCCACAGCAAGAGCACCAGCACAGUUCAAUGCAGUUCAUUUAUCCAGCCAAAAUAUGCUCUUCUCACCAUAGAAUAAUAACACAAACGAUGAUAUUUAUCAGUGUCAGGGUUCGGUCGUAGUCUCCGCGAUGUGGUUUGUUGCUGGACAGCAAAAAAUUUAUAAAAAUUAUUGUAACAAUAUCAAAAUAAUAAACUGCAGUAAGGGAAAUGCUAAUAUCAACUACUGAACACCAGCAGAGUCAAUUACAGCGACAGUUCGUUUCUAUUAGUAGUUUUCUCCUUCAUUCAAAUGAAGUCCGUCUGUAGGCAUGUUUAGCGUCUUUGCUUCUUUACUUUCAGAUGCUAAUGAUGCUAACAAGUGAUAGAAGCUUAUACCCCCACCAAUUAGCAUGUUAGCUAAGUAGGUUUAAAACAGCUAUAAAAUGUGUCGUUUUUAUGGAUCGUACUGACAGCAGUGUGUCAGAAACCAUGUAAGCAAGAAACGAGGCUCAAUUGUGUUUGCAAGGUGCUAAUAAGCUUCCAUUGCUCAUUAGCUACAUUACAUUUACAGCAUUUGGCUGACACUCUUAUGCAGAGCAACUUACAAUUUGAUCAUUUUACACAGGUAGGCGAAGGCGGCAUUAGGAGUCUUGCCCAAGGACUCUUAUUGGUAUAGUGUAGGGUGUUUACCCAGGUGGGGAUUGAACCCCAGUCUCCGGCAUAGAAGGCAGAGGUGUUAUCAACUACACUAUCCCACCACACAUUUGACUUGUAGCUCUAGUGUUAAAGCUAAAGAAGCGAAAUCCAGACACCAAACAUGUCCAACAACAUUUGAGGAAAGGUUGGGGGGAAACUGGGUAAAUUUGUUUUAGAGAAGGUGAAAAGAUGCCCUCUUUCUUAUUGCCUGUUAGCACUAAAGCAGAAAACAAUGAAUACAGUACUAUUAAUGCAAUUUAAAACCGUCUGUUUAAAUCAACUAUACAGCUUUGUUUUAUCAAAAGGCUCAUAAGCGAGUGGAUCGCGUUCAUUGUAGCGCCGAGUGGGCUUCAUUUGUCCCACCAGAAAUGAAUCGUACUGGUUGUCUCAGGUUAGCCUGUCCAGAGGACGAACGUGUGGCGUAAGAACGUAUCGCAAGUCGCAGGUGUCCAGAGGUAGUGCGCUUUCGGAAGUUACGUUUCAUCAAAAUGUCCUAGAUGCUUUUGGUACGUUGUGCAAUUCCUAGGGAAGUUGGUCGCCGAGGAGCUGCAGGUGUGGAGACGGAGUCCAGGAACGGUCCGAUUACAGCGUUGUUGUUGUUGUUGUUGUUGUUGUUGUAUUUGCUUUUUUCCAUAGUGAGUCCUCUUAACGUAUGCAGUCGGGUCAAUAUCUGUCAUCGUAAAAUGUCCUAUAUUCCCACAACUGUACUGUAUUUUGAUAUUCGCUUCCUUUUGUAACAAUCAGACACAUCACGACUGCAGGGCAGUUCACAGUAUCUAAUUUAUUAUCCCCCCAGCUAGAGCACGUAAGGGACUUGAAUACGACAAGGUGUCCACUGUAAACGGCAGGACACUGUGCAUGUAAUGAUCCGAAGAAAUCUCUUCUACCAUUCUCUUUUCGCAGUUCUUCUGUUAUUACAAUCUGUUUCACACUUUUUUUAGUUUGUAUUGUGUUUCCCCCAGAUGUGAUUUACACUGUCGAACCCGUCGGUCAGCGUUCGGACAAAACAAGCACUCGUUCAAAGUGUCAUUGACUGUAAUUAACUGAAUAUGCAAUGUAACUGCUUAGUGAGGUGAUUUCUCUCGUUUACUGCGAACCACGUUGCCAGUUAAUUUGUGAUUCCAUUCGUGUACCCCCCCUUUUUUUAUGAAAUUUGCCAUCAUGUUUGCUGUGUCAUGUGAUACAGGAAUAAUAAGUCUUUCAGAUUACCAUCAAAUAUUAACAGCAGUGUUGAUGCAACUAGAGAAAGGCGCAUAAACUGUUUUCCUUUUUAUACGUUAUUAAUAAAGGUCAUCUUCCGAGCUUUUA